UUCUAUAGAGAAAUUGGCGGUACUGUCAAUUUGUGAACUGUAAAUCCAGAGGGUACUUGCCCCUUUUCUUAUAAGUAUACCGGUGCAGAAGUGCAUUUUGAGUUUUGGAAGCCCUUCUGAUCAUUGAUAAUCAGUUAGUCAACUACAGGCAUAGAGUUAACACCAGCUUUAAGUUUGCAUUUGGACUGUGCACUUGUGUGUUGAGUGAUUUCCAUAAAAUCUGCGAAACGGAAGUGAUUGAAAAGUGUAUUUUUCUACUAUGAUGUCACAUUGUGAUUUCGUUUAUGGACCACCAGAUUCCUUCAGUCCAAUGAAUUCAUCUAAAAAUUCAAAUUCGUCAGAAGAAACGUAUCAAAGUAAUGUGACGAGGCACGAUUGGGAAACUGCGGGAAAUGUGAAUGCUGAUUUGGAACGUGUAAUACUUGAGCAAAAUCCGAAAGUCUUCAAGUGCAAGACUUGCGCCUACGCAUUCAGCACGAAAGAAGAUUUGUGGAACCAUUCGCGGAUUCACAUAAAACCUGAGAAAAUGCGCACUUGUCCGAUAUGUAAUUUCGUAACGGAAUUCAAGCACCACCUCGAGUACCAUGUUAGAAAUCACUUUGGUUCGAAACCCUUUAAGUGUGAAAAGUGCCCGUACUCCUGUGUCAGCAACUCAAUGCUCAACAGUCACAUGAAAUCCCACUCGUAUGUCUAUCAAUACAAUUGUGCUGAUUGUCCGUAUGCCACAAAAUACUUGUAUACGCUCAAGAUUCAUCUGAGGAAGCUACAACACAAGCCAGGAAUGGUUUUCCAUCCAGACGGGACGAUUAAUCCAGAGCCUGUUGUCGACAUUUACGGAACCAAGAGGGGACCAAAGCGGCACCCUAAGAAGACGCAAGGUGAUAAUAUAUCCCUAGCUGAUGCUCAGUAUCAGACGGACCACGUGACGAGGCUGCUUUAUUCCCAAAUGAUGUCUUCGAAAAUGGUCCCAGCGGUACAGAUUUCAGCACUGUCGCCAAUGACAACGCAUGUGAAUUUGGGUGCUAUAGACAACACACUUGGGAUAAACGGAAUAAAUGAUCUUCCCUACCAUAUGACACAUUUCAUAAAAGCAAUGGCUGGCAACAUAUUUUCUUCUGGGCCUCCGUCGAUUAAUUCUGGUUUUUAUCAUGGCAGCAUAACUGCGGAAGAAGCGGUGAAUGGGAAUGCCACAAGCAGCGUGCAGGUUCCGAGCGAGUCUCCUAUAAAUCUCAAAAUCUCAGAAGAAAAUUAUAUUCAGGACAACGAUAAGGGCGUUAUAGGGGUUCCUGAUAUAAGGAGGAAUCAGGUGUCAAAAUAUCAAGAUUAUUAUGUCCAUGAAGAAAUCGUUCCUCUUGACCUUAGCAAAUCUGGAAAAACACGUCAUGGAAGUGGCAACCGAUGAUGAACAAAGUAGUAGUUCCCUGAAUUGAAUUACAGCUCGCUUGUAUUGAUAUUAUCCAUCCGUAUUCGUAUCUACGAUACUCAAAUCUUUGGGCAACGAUUCCUCCAUUUCAUUCGAAAAAGAAAUUCCCCUUUUUUAAUUUUUUCAAUUUAAAGAGGUGUCGGCUUUGGCUUGAAGUUUCCCAUGUAAAAUGCAUGGGGAAAAUCACGUUUUUGAGUUUUUAGAAUUAUUUGUUAGGGCUUGAAAACAUGUGAUGGGGAAGUAUUCUCGUCUUUUUUUUACUUGAAAUUAUUAAUAUUGGUCUAGUGAAAUAUUUAUUAUCAUUGAUUAAUUAAUUUUAAAUUAUUUAAAUGAAAUGUGGGGACGUUGCCCUUUAAAAAAAGCGGUUUCGAGCAACCCUUAUGUACAUUUGUAUAUAUUUAUAUAAAUAAAAAUACAAAAAAAGAAAUUAUACACAUACAUAAAUAUAAGAAGUUAUUUAUAGGCUGUACAAAUUUAAUUGUAGGAAAAUAUGUGAUGUAUGCGUGGCAGAUUCUAAUCUAAAUUGAAUAAAUGGGUGUUAUAUACUUUUA